AUGUCAAAACGAGGUUUCUCGACGAGUUCACAAAUUAAUCUAGAAUUAGAGGUCAAGAAAAUUAAACCUUUGGAUAUUAAAGUUGCGGUUGAGUUGCAGAUUGCCAACCGUCCUGGCCUUGGACAAGUCGGAAAACCUAUAAAAUUGAAUGCGAAUCAUCUAAAAGUCGCUACGUUGCCCCAAACAACCUUAUUCCAUUAUAAUUUUGUUGUUGAGCCAUCAGUCAGGCCUCCACUUGCGUUUAAGAUCUUUUCGACUAUGGCUUUUCAGAAUCAUUUUGGUGACGUCAUGCCUAUCUAUGAUGGAAAUAGUUCCAUUUAUUGUCUCUCACCGUUACCUUUUAAUGAUGAAGGGGAAAUCAAGGAAGUCUCAUUUGAGGCGGAUGGUUCUCGUAGGAAAAAAACAUUUCACAUUACUAUUCAAAAAGUUGAUGAUGUCAAUAUGGAAAGUUUAUCGAAUUAUCUUAAAGGCUCCAUUCCAUUAACCGGUGAAAUUCAAACUUGUAUUUCAAUAUUAAAUACUGUAUUGAAUUAUAAACCGAGAAAUGCCUUUGCUGUUGUUAAGCGAGGCAUUUUCCCGGAGUCUGAGGAUCGACCGAGGUACUUGUUCGGAGGUCUUGAAUUGAAAACAGGUUUCUGUCAAUCAAUGAGACCUGGUUGGGGACAUAUGACUAUAAAUGUUGAUAUAUGUGCAGCGGUUUUUUAUCCUCAUGGUUCCAUGUUGGACUAUGCCGCAAAAAUUUUGGGCAAACGUAACAUCGACGAAUUAAGAUUUGGAAUCAAUGAUAACGAGCGAAGAAAUCUCGAACGCGGUAUGAAAGGACUAAAGGUCAAAGUUAUUCAUCGAGGAGAGAAAAAUCCAAAAUACAAAAUCGAACGCCUAUCAAGUAAAGCCGCGGAUCAAAUCACAUUUAUGAAUGAUAAGGAAGGCGUAGAAAUGAGUGUGACUGAUUAUUUUGCGCGAACAUAUAAUCGCCAUUUGGAGUUCAAAUCUCUUCCUUGCAUAGUUGUAAAGAAAAACUUGUUUAUUCCAAUGGAGGUCUGCAACGUCCUACCUGGUCAAAAGUAUGAUAAAACAAUCGGAGAUAGAGCCAAAGCAGACAUGAUCAAAUUUACGGCCUGUAGGCCUGAAGAACGUUUCGGCCAAAUAGAGAAUUGUAUUCGAAACGUUUUUAAACAUGAUGACGAUGAAAAUCUUCGUGAUUUCGGAAUUAAUAUCGAUCCCAAGAUGAUGAUUAUUGAUGGAAGAAUUUUGAAAUCUCCAACAAUAAUGUUUAAUGCUAAUAGUAAACAACAAAAUCAGUUUAUUUCUCAAAAUGGACGUUGGAAUCUCAGAGAUCUUGUUUUACUUAGAACAAAACCAUUGCACAACUGGUCGGUCCUUAUUUUGUCUGACAGAAGGAUAUCUCCUAUUGAUCAAGUGAAAAGAUGUAUGUCAGGAUUAAAACAAAAAUUGAUCGAAUUUGGAAUGGAAGUUCGAAAUGAUCCUUAUGUAAAUUAUGGAAAUCAACAAGGGAAUAUUGAAGCUUCAAUACAAAUUGCUGUUCAAAAGGCCCAUAUCAAUAAAUCAUUUCCACCCCAGUUAAUAAUUGUGAUUAUUCCAAGAAAACCAUCUCCACUUUAUGGCGAAAUUAAAAAGAUCGCCGACACUAAAAUUGGAGUCGUAACUCAAUGCAUUCUUGCCGACAAAUUGCGUAAUCCGAACAACAAGUCUCUAUGGGCAAAUGUUGGAUUAAAAAUCAAUGCCAAGCUAGGCGGACACAAUUGUAAUCUCAUUAAAGAUGAACUUUCAAUUAUAGGAAAUGUUCCUGUAAGUACAUGA